AUGCUUCCUCCGCUGCUGCCCCUCGGCCUCCUCCUCUUCGCUGUGCCCUGGAGCCGGGCCGUCCAGUUCCAGGACUCCGUGUUCCUUCAGUCCCUGGGCCUGGGCCGGGCGCCCACCCCGGCGCGGCUGCAGCCGCUGCCCCCGGUCCUGCGGAAGAUGCUGCGGGAGCAGGAGGCGGGCGCGACCCCGGACACGUGCUACAUCCCCGCGCUGCGCGUCCGGGGGAACGUGCUCCGCGUCCUCCCGGACCGAGGUUUCUUGCCUUCCUCCGAGAACCUGCCCCAAGCCAACUCCUGCCUGCAGAAACUCCUCCACUUUAACCUGUCCACGAUUAAGGAGACGGAGCAGCUGACCAUGGCCCAGCUGGGCCUGCACUUGGGCCCUAACACUUACUACCCUGUGGGCCCAGAACUCGAGUUGGGCCUGUCCUUGGUCCAGGAGCCCCCCGGUGGGGGUCCGUCCACUGCUAAAACGUUGGCAUGGAAGUCGGUGCCCAGGCCCCAAGGGGAGAUUUACUUCAACCUACUCAGGGAGGCUAAGCACGGGACUCGCGCCCCUCUGAGAAACAUCAGCUUGUUCCUCCAGAUAUUGGUCAGGAAAGACGCGGACGAGGGGGUGGAGUUUCCAACGGACGACACGUGUGAGAGGCUGAAGCGUUCUCUUCACGCCUACCUGCUGAUGGUGGUCCUCAACCCGGAGCAGUGCCCCCCACCUUCCAGGAAAAGGCGGGGGGCCCUCCCUGCCCCCCAGGCUUCUUGCAAGAAUCUCUGCCACCGUCACCAGCUGUUCAUCAACUUCCGGGACCUGGGUUGGCACAAGUGGAUCAUCGCCCCCAAGGGGUUCAUGGCCAACUACUGCCACGGGAACUGUCCUUUCUCCCUGACCACUUCCCUCAACAGCUCCAAUUAUGCUUUCAUGCAGGCGCUGAUGCACACAGUGGACCCCGCGGUCCCCCCGGCCGUCUGCAUCCCCACCAAGCUCUCCCCCAUCUCCAUGCUCUACCAGGACAACGAUGACAAUGUCAUCCUCCGACACUACGAGAACAUGGUCGUGGAUGAGUGUGGGUGUGGGUAG